UUCCUGUCACGUGUUCGCUACAGUAGGAUCAUAUGACUUCAGUCGAUGAAAAUGAAAGCUGGGUGCAGCCAGCUGUAUCCUCUGGCUCUUGUUUUGAUCUUUAAUAUAUGUUUUUAUGGGAGCUAUCAGCUGAGUGAGCUGCAGGUAUGUAAGCUCUGCAGCGGGUCUGUUCAAAAUGACACCGCGGUGGGCGAGUUUUGCUCCUCUUCCGCUGGACGGAUAGGCGGACGCUGCUGCUUGAGAAAUGAUAACACAACCGACCCUGAACGCAUCAUCGGGCUGGAUCUAUCCAACUGUUCACUAACUCAUGUCGAGGACCUCCAUGAGGCAUCAACAGCGUUAAUGAUAGACCUCUCCCAUAAUCCCAUUGUCAACAUCAGCGACACAGCAUUUCAAGGAUUUAUUGAAUUAAAUUACAUGAUUUUGCCAGGAGAUAUUCUUUGUCCAGGAGGCAACACAUCUUGGUCAAAGGUAGAGGUCAAAGCAGGAGAUCGUCUUUGUCAAGGCCAGAAAAGCAUGUGCAACCAGACCGGACAGCUGUCCAUUGACUGCCCAGAGAACUCCCUCUGCGCCCCCUAUGGUCCCGGCUUCUUUGAGUGCAGCUGUGCUGACAGCUACCAUGGAUACAAGUGUCUUCGAGAGGGGGAGUUUCCAGCUCUCCAGGUGUUCGGGCCUCUUGGGGCAUCUACAGUCGUGAUCUCUAUCCUGCUGUGGGUCACCCAGAGACGCAAGGCCAAAUCACUCUGAGGCUGAACUGCAGUUAUUUGUUUUUUUUUUAUCUUUACCUGUAAUGAUCUACUGAGCUGAAACUGUACUGCAAAGGGAAAAAAGCUGACACAAAGUCUGAGGUGACACUCAGGCUUUUUUUUAUUAUUAUUAUUUUAUUUGACACCUUUCUGGGGCAGCUGUGUUUUACUGACUUUUGACUUUUAAAUGAUUUAAUAAUUAAUAUUCAUUUGUGCAAUUUUUAAAAAAGGGGUUUUUCCAAGUUUUAUGUUGGUUUUAAUUUUUUUGUCAAAAAUGACCACUGUCACCUUUUUAAUUAAGUGUAGUUAACUGACAGAAGGUAAUGAAGAGGUUGUGUUUAACUAAAUUCUGAACUUAUGCCAGCUGUUAACUGUGCCAAACAUGUAUUGCAUGAGUUUACACAAUACAACUGCAUAUUCUUUAGCACAUUUGAGGGAAAUUGUAGAAUCUGGCUGUUUACUGCAUGUUGAACAUGUACUUUUGUCAGAGUAAAAAACAGGCCAUGAGUUUUUCUGUAUUAGAAUGGAACAAGACUCAAAUGUUUUGUGUGCCUAAUGUUGAAUAACACACACAGUAUCUGGUAAAAAAAAUGUUUCCUUUCUUCAUCAGUGACAUGGAGUAACUUGGAAAUGUCUUGGUGUUGGUGAGAUGGGAAAUUUCAAUGCUUCUCUCUAAUGAGAUUCAGGGUUCUAAUAAAGAUUUGAAAACAGUA